AUGACCAUCUCAACUACAGGAUCAGUAAUCUCUACCAUUGUCCUGAGCAAAACAACACGAAGCAUCAGACACGACCAGCACCACUUCCAACUCGAAACCGCGAUGUCGUCGGAUCACCCAAUACCCCGAAAGCUCUGGCAGCAUGCGGACCCAAAGUCAACGGAAAUGUGGCGAUUCAUGCAACGCGCGAAUCAGACUCGGGGGCUGAACAUGCAGGCAAGUUUGUCACAUUCCAGCUUCCUCUCUGCAGUACUUGGGUGCGACGCUUCAAAGGCGCUUGUGUCUCAACCCCUGUUCAUCACUUCCUCCUGUGGUGAGACUUCCAGCCUUCCACUUUCAGCUCUCGGCCACAUGAGCCACCAGCGCUUGCAGAUGUGGUGGCAAUGGAGAAUUCUGGCGCUCAUGGCUACUUGGUUCCUGAGUACAGACUGCAAGACUAGAGUUAAUCGUCGUGACUUGGUACACUUGUUCGCAUACCAAUGUUCUGGAAGAGAUGGAGGUAGCGACUCGCUAACCUUGUGGACCCAGAACUUUCGUGAGCUCUACGAAUGGAGCGUUGGCGACAAUCGAACGGACUUCUGGCAGGACAUGUGGUCCACUAACCACCCUGGUACACAUUUUGGAUAUUCUUACAGCUGGCAAAUCAAGGUCGUUGAUACUUCAAUACCCAUGGACCAAAUACCACAUUGGUUCCACGGCACAUAUCUAAACUAUGCGGAGAAUAUUCUCUUCUCAGCGUCUACUGAAAACCCAUCGAUACGGGUUAAAAAGCACAAGGAAGACGACAAGAUUGCAUUGACUGAGAUACGUGAAGGCAACACCGAAGUUCGACAUCUCAAAUGGGGUGAAUUGCGCCGUAGAGUAGGUUUGCUCGCCAACGCGCUCCGAGCAAGAGGCGUGAAGAAAGGAGACCGCGUUGCUGUCAUUGCUAGCACCAGUUUUGAUACCUUCAUCACGUUCAUGGCAACUGUGAGCCUCGGCGGUCUCUUCAGCUCUAGCAGUACGGAUAUGGGAACGAAAGGAAUCCUAGAACGCUUGCUCCAGAUCAAGCCUCGUUAUGUUUUCGUGGACGACUGGACUGUAUACAAUGGUAAAACUAUUGAUCUCCGACCGAAGAUCAAGGACAUCAUCGAGGGCAUGCACGGUAUAUCCGAAUUCCAAGGUGUGAUCACACAGCCCAGGUUUCCUGGAAAGCCAGCGGAUAUAACUGGACUGCCACGUACUGUGACAUUGGAGGCCUUUCUGGAUACUGCCAAAGGAAAUGUUGAACUGAAUUUCGAAAGGGUAGCGUUCCGCGAUCCGUUCUUGAUAGUCUACUCCAGUGGAACGACCGGUACUCCCAAGUGCAUCGUUCACUCUGUAGGCGGAGUUCUCAUCAGCGUUUCAAAGGAGGGCAUUUUGCACAAAGAGCAAGGACCCGACAGUAUAAUGUUGCAAUACACCACCACCGGCUGGAUCAUGUAUCUCGCCUCGGUACAGUGUCUGCUCUUCGGCUCCCGCAGCAUCCUCUACGACGGAUCUCCAUUUCAGCCAUCCCCUGAAACCUUCCUGACUAUUCUUCAAGAACAACGUGUCACUGAUUUCGGAACAUCGCCACGCUUCCUCCAUGAACUACAAAAGCGAGAUAUCGUUCCGCGCAAUCUCUACAAUCUCUCCGCACUACGCUCUGUCUGCACCACCGGGAUGGUUCUUUCAGACUCGCAGUUUGAAUGGUUCUACGACGUGGGCUUCCCGUCAUCCGUAAAACUCGCGAAUAUCAGCGGUGGCACAGAUCUUGCCGGAUGCUUUGGCAUUGACUGCCCAAUCGAACCCGUCUACGUAGGUGGCUGUCAAGGCCCAUGUCUAGGAACGAAACUAGAAGUCUACGACAGCCUCAUCGAGACCGGCCCUGGAAAAGCAGUGCCAGAUGGUGAACCCGGUGAGCUUGUCGCUACUGCUUCCUUCCCCAACCAACCCGUUUUCUUCUGGGGCGACGAAAGCGGAGAAAAGUACCAAAAUGCAUACUACACACGCUUCCCACACGUAUGGACUCAUGGCGACUUCAUCCAAAAACACCCCAUCACCGGUCAAGUUCUCUUCCUCGGCCGCGCAGACGGCGUGCUCAAUCCCAGUGGCGUGCGCUUUGGCUCGGCGGAAAUCUACAGCGUCAUCGAGACGUAUUUCCCGGAGAUUGCAGAUAGCAUUUGUGUUGGGCAGCGCAGGCCUCAAGAUAAUGAUGAGAGCGUCAUGCUGUUUUUGAAAAUGAAUGAAGGAUUCGAGUUCACGGAGACAUUGGUUGAAAAGGUCAAGACGAAGAUUAGCAAAGAGAGGAGCAGGAGACACGUGCCAAAAUAUGUCUUCCAAACAUGGGAUAUACCAACGACUGUAAAUUUGAAAAAGGUGGAAUUGCCAGUCAAACAAAUUGUAUCGGGUAAGAGAAUCAAGGCCAGUGGCACCUUGGCAAACCCCGAGAGUUUAAAGUAUUAUGAGCAGUUUGCAAAGGUCGAGGAAGUGCUUGAACGCCUGAGAAAUGGGAAGAUUCACGGGAGAAGUAGACUGUGA